AUGAUGAAGGAUGAGGUUAAGCCAGUCAGGCAGCCACAUCGGAGAUUGUCUCCUAACUUGGAGGCAGUGGUCCGCGUAGAGAUUGCGAAGCUGAUGGAUGUAGUAAUCAUCUUUCCUAUAUCUGAUAGCAAGUGGGUCAGCCCCACCCAGGUGGUCCCGAAGAAAGGCAGGAUGACUGUGGUCUCGAAUGAGAAGAACGAGCUGAUCCCGAUGCGGACCGUGACCGGCUGA